AAAACCUAAUUAGACACGGUCGAAUAUAACAACAUUUUAUCCUUCAACUCCUCACGGCGCAGAUCCGAGGAGUUUGGGAUAAACCCUAGUUUCUGUUCCGCUCUCUGAAAACACACAAACCAACUCUCUUUCUCGCGAAAAAAAAAUCGAUCACUAUCAGUCAUGGCAGGAUUGGCACCAGAAGGAUCACAGUUUGAUGCUCGUCAAUUUGAUAACAGAAUGAGUGAACUUCUCUCAACCGAUGGACAAGAUUUCUUCACAUCAUAUGAUGAGGUCUAUGACAGUUUUGAUGCAAUGGGGUUGCUAGAGAACCUCUUGAGAGGCAUUUAUGCAUACGGUUUUGAGAAACCAUCUGCAAUUCAGCAAAGGGGAAUUGUUCCAUUCUGCAAGGGUCUGGAUGUCAUUCAACAAGCUCAGUCUGGAACUGGGAAAACGGCAACUUUCUGCUCUGGUGUUUUGCAGCAACUUGAUUAUGAUGUGAUUCAAUGCCAGGCUUUGGUUUUGGCACCCACCAGGGAACUUGCGCAACAGAUUGAGAAGGUUAUGCGAGCACUUGGUGAUUAUCUUGGCGUGAAGGUUCAUGCUUGUGUUGGAGGAACAAGUGUUAGAGAGGAUCAACGCAUUCUUCAAUCUGGUGUGCAUGUUGUAGUUGGAACUCCUGGUCGUGUGUUUGACAUGCUUCGUAGACAGUCCCUUCGCCCUGAUUAUAUUAAAAUGUUUGUGUUGGAUGAGGCUGAUGAAAUGCUUUCAAGAGGUUUCAAGGACCAGAUCUAUGACAUUUUCCAGCUGCUGCCAUCAAAAAUUCAGGUUGGCGUGUUCUCUGCAACUAUGCCACCUGAAGCUUUAGAGAUUACAAGGAAGUUUAUGAACAAGCCUGUGAGAAUUCUGGUAAAGCGUGAUGAGCUCACUCUUGAGGGUAUCAAGCAAUUUCACGUCAAUGUUGACAAGGAAGAAUGGAAGCUUGAGACUCUUUGUGAUCUCUAUGAGACUCUGGCCAUCACCCAGAGUGUUAUUUUUGUGAACACUCGUCGCAAGGUAGAUUGGCUGACUGACAAGAUGCGAAGCCGUGACCAUACUGUCUCAGCUACCCAUGGAGAUAUGGAUCAGAACACUCGUGACAUUAUUAUGCGUGAAUUCCGUUCUGGCUCUUCUCGUGUUCUCAUCACCACCGAUCUCUUGGCUCGGGGUAUUGACGUGCAGCAAGUCUCCCUGGUCAUAAACUACGAUUUGCCGACUCAACCAGAAAACUACCUUCACCGUAUUGGACGAAGUGGACGUUUUGGAAGAAAAGGUGUUGCAAUUAACUUUGUGACAAAGGAUGACGAGAGAAUGCUGUUUGACAUUCAGAAAUUCUACAAUGUGGUCAUCGAGGAGCUCCCAUCAAAUGUCGCUGAUCUCCUCUGAAGAGCUCAUUUUAGAAUUUUAUGGAGGAAGGGGUUUCUUAUUUUGCCAUCUUAUUUUCAUAUUAUUCUUCAAAUAUAUAAUGGCAAUUUCAUUGUAUGGGUCCUAAUCGAGACAUAAGUUUUCCUCCCAUUCUUGUGUGGUGGGUUUAUGUUAUUAUUAGAUCAAAUUUUGUUGCAUUAAGGAUUUGUACUGAUUUUCUUUCCCCUCUUAUCUUAUGCUUAUAAAGAGCAGUUGGGUUUUGAAGCA